AUGGAUUAUUUGUUAUACAUUUUGGCCGGUUUUGGCAUAUUUUCAUUGUUAGUACUGUUUGUCAAACUAAUAGUUUGGGGCCUUAACUGUGAUAUUGACCGUCAAUUUGUGCCAAUUGGUGACAGCGAGGUCUACACUAUGAAAGAGUCGUUGACUAUAUUGAAUGCCAACGAAGCCAUUGAAGAAAUGGAUAAAAUGCUCGAUCAGUACACAAAACCAAAAGUAGUUAUAUCUCGACAAUGUAUUUGUCCGUUUUGUACGAAAGAGUCGGACAAAAUCAUUAUUAAUAAUAUCGGUAACAAUAUUAUUGAUAAUACUAUCGACGAAUGCGAUGACAAUAGCUUUCAGUCGGUUAGCAGUAGAAGUGAUAGUGAAGAAGUCAAGUCAGACAAUGACGACGACGAGGAUAUACCUAAUAAUAAUAAUUAUUACGACUCCGAUGGUUUGAUACCAGACAUAAUGGUCACUAUAGACGAUGAUGAGACCAAACCAGUAGCCGCCAGUGGUGGUGGUGUCUCGAAACGUGUGGUUAACUUAGAGGAAGUCAUAAUUAGAAACAAGUCGUCAUCGCGCGAAGCAUUGCCCUGUAGUGUCUACAACAAUGUGGUAACAGAGCUCAAGACGCGGUUCGGUUCGUUCAUCGAUAAGCACCGGCAGCGCAACAAUACAAUGAUUGUGCCGACAGAUCCACCGGUUGUUGUUAUCUACGAUAAUAACAGUGUCGAUGAAGUGAUUGUCGAGUCAACUAAUUUAUAG